AUGUUGGCCCCGCUGCUGCUCUGGGCUGUCCUUCUCCAGUGGGCGUGCGGCGGGGGUGGCAGGAGCUGGCAGCACUGCACAGAGCUGCGCCCGCUGGACGUGCUGGCAGAGCUGCUCCCUGGCAGCGGGCCGGCCCGCGGCGUGCGGGUGCUGCAGGCACAGGGGCUGAGCGGCCUCCAGCUCCACGCCUUGAGGCCCCGCGCCCUGGCCUUCCCCGCCUCGCGCCUCUUCCUGCACUGCGACCGCUUCCCCGAGGAGUUCUCCAUCAUCGUCACCCUGCGGGUGCUCGCCGUCCCCACCAAGAGGAACGAGUACAUCUUCACGCUGAUGGCAGAGGAGAGCCCCGGCGUGCUGGUGGGGCUGCGCUACUCGCCCAGCAAGCUGCACUUCCUCUUCUGGAGCCCGGAGCGCGCCGGCGGCUGGCAGAACCGUGUCACCUUCCGCAACGUCUCGCUGGCCGACAGCCGCUGGCACACGCUGGUGCUGGCCGUCUCUGGACAGUCCUUCUCGCUGUCGGUGGACUGCGGCCUCCCCAAGGACGUGGUGGUCGAGACGCCGUUUCCCGCUUCUCUGUCAGUGAAGAGAGCCAGCUUCUACCUGGGCAACAGGAGGAGGAGGAAAGGCUUCUUCACAGGCUUGCUGCGGCAGCUCGUCCUGCUGCCAGGAGCCGAUGCCACCCCUCGCAUCUGCACAGCCCUGAACCAUAAAGCCACAGCGCUCUCCAUCCCUGCGGUUCUCCAGGAUGUCCCAGUGAAAGCAGUGAGCAACGAGGUGCUGAAGUACCCACAUGGUACCAACAUGAAGGUGACCCUGGGGUCCCGUCCGCCCUGCACCAAGCAGGAGAAGGCACAGUUCUGGUUCAAUGCCUCCCGGAGAGGGCUGUACCUCUGCGAUGGCAGUGCCUGGAUCUCCAUGCUGGAAGUCAAGCAGCGGCUGGACUACGUGGAAGAAUACCAGGACCUGGUGACCAACUCUGAGACGAUGGGCAUUGAGGUCUUCACCAUCCCGAGGGUUGGACUGUUUGCAGCCACUGCCAACAGGCACAGCCCCCCUGGAUCAGCCAUCUAUAAGUGGACCGAUGGGAAGUUUGUGCUUUAUCAGAACAUCCCCACCUACCAAGCUCAGUCCUGGAAGUAUUUCACCAUAGGCAAAAAGAUCUUCCUAGCAGUGGCUAAUUUUGAGCAGAAUGACAGGGGGCAGGAGUUCUCUGUGAUAUACAAGUGGAGCCACAGGAAGGAGAAGUUCGUCACCUAUCAGAGGAUCACCACGCACAGCGCGAGGGACUGGGAGGCGUUUGUCAUUGAGGGAGAGGCUUUCCUUGCAGUGGUCAACCACAGAGAAGGGAAUAACCACAACAUAGACAGCGUGAUAUACAGGUGGAACCCCAGCACGGGGCUCUUUGAAACCAACCAGACAAUCCCAACCUCUGGAGCCUAUGACUGGGAAUUUUUUGCUAUUGGGCCUUAUUCCUUCCUGGCCGUGGCCAACACGUUUAAUGGCACAUCCACAAACAUCUAUUCUCACAUCUACAUCUGGCUCAGUGGCUCUUUCCAGCUCUUCCAGUCCAUCCUGACUUUUGGGGCUGCUGACUGGGAAGUCUUCCACAUUGGGGACAGAGUCUUCCUGGCUGUGGCUAACAGCCAUAGCUAUGACAGCAGGAUCCCAGCGCCCUCUAACUUCUAUGCCAUCAACUCCUCCAUCUAUGAGCUGAACAUCACUGCCCAGAUGUUUGUCAAAUUCCAGGACCUCCUCACCUACAGUGCCCUGGACUGGGAAUUCUUCUCGGUUGGAGAUGACUACUUUCUGGUGGUAGCAAACUCCUUUGAUGGCUUCACCUUCUCCAUUAACAGCAUUAUCUACAGGUGGCAAGGCUACGAAGGCUUCGUGGCAGCUCACCACCUUCCCACUGUUGGCUGCAGAGACUGGGAGGCAUUUAACACCACAGAGGGCUCCUACCUCCUCUACUCCAGUGCCAAGGAGCCCCUUUCCAAGGUGCUCAAGCUGAAAACCACCUGAGGUGCCUGAGGCACACUCAGCUCCUUGCCAGGAUAUGAGUGGGCUGGCCACUGAGGUGAGGAUGGACCAAGGCACGUUGAGAGCCUGGGGACAGCUGCAGUACCUGUGGGGCUGUGCGUGCCACAGGACAGAAGGGUGGGAGCUCCCUGGUCAGCCAUCUCCAGCCAAGGCUCCCAGAGCUCUGCUAUGGUGGCUGGAGCUCGUGCAAAGCCAGGGGAGAAGAAGCCUGAGAAGAACACGUGCCGCUGGAUCGGGUGCAUGGUGCUGGGAGGAAAUGAUGUAUGAGAAGUUGGGGAAAUGCUGGCUUCAGGCUGGCUCUGGUUGCCCAAUGCCUGGGGGCACGGUGUGCCAGGGCCCGUGGGCCUGAUGCUGCCCCACACUCUGUGUCCAGCUGCAGGCUGUGUCUGCAGGCUGAGCAAUGUGUGUACAUCGUGCAAAGCCACGGAUAUGUGCUGCAGCUGGCAGGCAGGUGUUGUGUCACUGCCAGCACAGUGCAGGUGGCAGGGCAGGCCACCCUGACACUGGCACUUGUUCAGAGGGAUUUGGAGAUGUGUGCUGGCACAUCACUAGCAUCUACUGCCCGGUCUGAUGCUGGUUGUGCAGCCCUUUGCACAGGGUUGGGGAUGCUUUUCCUUGCCU